UUAAUUCACAUUUUAAAAUAAUCAUAGAUCCCACACAAGCAUUACUUUUAAGUACCAGUGUUCCAACUAUAAAUUCACAGGGUAUGGAAACAGAGAUCCUAAAGUUCAGGUUUUUACAGCCAUUCCUAUAUGGAGUCAAUGUGCUUUGCAUUUAGAACGGGGGGGAUAGGGAAUGCAGUGUCAGCCUGUUGAAACCCACCGCCUUCUGACAGGAAAAAACACUUCAUCUCUACAGCGCAAAAUGUUACAUUAAGGAGAAAAACGUGGUUUCAGAAAAACGCACUUGUUUAAAAAAAAUAUGCUUAUUUUAAACAAAAACAUUAGGGAGACCCGCCUUAUUCGAUGUAUAUUCGCACGAAAGGCCCCACUCAUCUUAAAAUAUUUCACGUUUCUCACGAAAUUGCCCAACAAAUCGCCUUUUCCCUUUUAAAGGCGAGUUUUAAUCCUCUCAUUCCUUGUGACCGCGGAAUCGCGAUUCCUUGGAAGCGAGGCUCACGGGAUAGCUUCAUCAUGCAAAUAAGUAGGCUCUCUUCUGCUAAAACGAGAGCUGACAAAAAAAAUGGCCCAGCGAUUUCUAAGAAGUGCGCAGUUAAAACGAAAGGAAAAGCGAGCUUUCCUGGAAUAGCAGACAGCAUGCAAUCGACUAAGGAGCCGCAUCUGCAUUACCUGAAUGACGGACGCUAUGGAAGACCACACAGGCUGGUCUGCGCUGUAGGAUGGUAGCACAUAGUAACGUGGAAGAUAAUGCAUCAGAGCAAAACCAAGCAAGAGCUGAGCUACCCGCACCCGCUUCCCCACGGAGACACGGAGAGCCGCGCCAGAGAGUCGCCAGACCGGAGAGCCCGACCCGCUUUCGCCACUUCAGAUCGGAGAGGGACUUCAGAACCAUCACCAUGACCACCUCCAUGCUGGAGAACGGCGGUUUCUACUGGGGUCCCAUGACGGUGGAAGAAGCCCAUACAAAGCUCAAAACGGAGCCUCAGGGUACAUUUCUAAUUCGGGACAGCCGCCAGAAAGAUUAUUUUUUCACGCUCAGCGUGAAAUGCGCGUCUGGUCCCACCAGCAUCCGCAUCGACUUCCAGAACUCCCGUUUCAGCCUGGUCGGUAGCAAGGAAUCGUUCACCUGUCUGUUCAGACUCUUGGAACAUUACAUGGACUCGCCGAAGAAAAGUCUGGUGAAGCCUUACAGAAAAGUGAAGGUCCAGUCUUUGCAGGAACUGUGCAGGAAAAGGAUUAUCGAAACCUUUGGCAAAGACAAUAUUGACAGCAUUCCCGUCAACGCUGUCUUGAAAGACUUUUUGAAAAGUUUUCCAUUCCGGAUAUAAUGAAAAGUCAACAAGCAUUACAGCACUGCCAUCACAAGUGGACAACACUUACUAAUGUGUAUUUUGUGAGACGCAUCUCAUCUUGUUUUAAAUAUGUUUAUUUUUGUAGCAAACUAAUGUAUUCUAAAAUGAGACUUGAACACUUCAUUCUGAAAGUUUACAUAACCAAUGAAUGUUUACACUAUCCAGGGGUUACUGACUCCUACUGUUAUUUUUCUGCUAUGCAGAGUAGAACAUUUAUUUUUUUUACAGAAAAUAAAUUUUAUACUGAAACUUUAA